ACGUCCUUCGAUGCCCAACCGCACAACGCUGGCCAAACCCGGCCUGAGGGACGAGGGCGCCCGCAUACCACUGGUGCGUCCAGGACCCACUGUGGAGAACAUCACACGAAGAGUGUCAAACAUGCGGGCACACAGUGAUGACGGCGACGACGAUGGUGGUGGUGGUGACGAUGCCGACGAAGGAUUGAGGGAGGACGUGGAAGCAGGGGACGACGAGGACGACAUUCCUAUUCGUCCUUUGGGGAAGACGGGUGGGAGGGGGAAAGGACGCAAUAGAGGUGCUGUUCGUGGUCGAUCCGUUGGCCGUGGCGGCAGUGGUGGCGUCAGCAACGAUGGCGGGAAGUCUGCGACAUACUGGUUUCCGAAAGAGCAAAUGCUCCUGGUAAGAUGCAAGCGGGAGCAAGAGAUGCACCUCGUCGGGCUGGGUCGCAAUUGCAGGCGGAUGCGGACCAAGGAGUGGAAGUGGGAUGACAUUGCGAAGCGCAUGGCGAACACGGGGAGGCCUAAAGACGUCGACGACUGCAUGAAGAAGUGGGACAAUCUCUUCCAAAAAUACAAGAAGAUACAGAGGUUUCAGAAUGCCAGCGGCCAGGCAGAUUUCUUCAGGCUAUCGAAUGAAGAAAGGAAGGAGCACAACUUCAAGUCCCGGAUGGAGAGGGUGCGGUACAACGAGAUCCACGCACGCAUGCUGGGGAACCAUACAAUUUUCCCUCCCAACGUCGUCGACACCGACAGUCCGGACGGGGUGCAGCUGCCCAUGCGAGGAGCGGUUGAUGGGGAGUCUGUUGGUAGUGAGGCCGGUGGUGACGGUUGCCCUGAAGAACAUUCUUCUGCGAGGGACUCCGACAACAACGCAGGCAGUGGGGUUGGAGGCGGGAAGCGGAAGAAUGCGCGUCAAAAGGCGUUGGAGUCGAUCGCUGAUGUCAUGCAUCGCCAUGGCGAAUUGAUGUCGACGACGAUCGAUUCGUCUAUCAAGCGGCAAUGCAGCAUAUUCACGAGGCAAUGCGAUAUACUCGAGCAAGAAGUUGCAGUCCAAAAAGUGCACUGUGAGGCGUCCGAUGAGACGCAGAGGAUGAUGUGCCACGCGCUUAUGGAGAUCGCUGCCGCCAUCCGUGGUCGGCGACUUGCGGGUAGACAGCCCGCCACGCCGUCUCAGCCACGUGAGCGCAACCCGGGUGAUGACGGAGGGUCCGUCCAGCAUGGCGGCGAGGGGGAAGUAGUGGCAAACGCGUGCGCAAUUGGGGGCGAGCCGGCAGGUGCUGCGGGUGCGGGUCCUUCAGGCACUGUGGCCCCCGUUGCGACGGCGAGAGAGGAGGCGCUUGUUGUGACGACGACGAGAGAGGAUGCGCGUGGCAAGAACAAAACUGAUCAGGACGGCGGCGAGCCCGGUUCAAGCCGGGUACGUAGGGGAGUGAUGGCGAAAGACCUCAUCGAUCGUGCCGUGCUUUGGGUUGAUGACAAAGCUUUCUGGACGACGGGGGAGGGGCGAAGACUAUACAACAUCGUCCACGAAACGAAAGAGUACUUUGUCGCCAUCGCCAGCAGCCUUCCAGCGCCUGUCGUCCCUCGGAGCAUCGUCUUGCCUAAAUCCAGCACGAAGGUAGCCAGGAUCACCGACCCAUCACAACUGCAGCAAGCGAUCUCCCGUGCGGCGGCAGUGGAGAACAUUGCUCAGCGCAUCUUGCAUGGCUGGGUAUUCAAGUCCCGGAACCGCCCAAGGGGAUACAAUGUGGCUUUCCAGUACUCGGUCGAGUCCGUAGCGAUGGACAUCGCGCGUGCUAUGUGGUACGGUGAGGAGUGCUGCAACAUCGUCAGUGCGAUGGUAUGCGCGCACACGAUAGAUCAGUCAACGGACUUGCCACUAUGGUUCGCCGGCGCCAACAUCGAGGACCGACCUGAGGACGACGACAUGGCGGCGUACCAGGAGUCCACCGUCAUCUGCAUCGCGCAUGCAUUCCUCGUGGCGGUGCAAAUGGGUGCGCACAUCGACGACGACUUCAUCUCACAUGACCGUCUCUGUCAGGUGGCUGACUGCUUCAGGCUUUUGUUGGCAGCGUGCAUGUGGAUAAUGCGCAUGGUGGGAGACGAUCCGCGCAGCCACUAUGAAGCUUUCUACUUCGUGAACCUGGUGGCGAAGCCCACACUCGUCACGUCCAUGCAUCGGUCCUUCGAUCAUCGACGACCCGUCGUCCGCGCCGCGAAAGUCGUCACGGAGAGGCUUGGGAAGGCAAACGCUACGUUUGGAGAGUACCCCGACUACAUCCCUGGAUGGGCACCCUGCGGCAUUGGUUUCAGGCAUGACGCGAGCUUACUGGGGCCGGAGGAUGCGAAUAAGGUAGAUUGGUUGGGUUCGGGCCCCCCCGCUGCUGACAACAACGACGAUGGAAAAGAUGACGCGUAGGGGUUGGGGGGAGUGGGGGGGUGCACGAUGGAAAAGAUGACGCGUAGGGGGUGGGGGGGGGAAAUGGCGCCGCUUGUGUGAACGAGGGCGCAUGUACACGUG